AUGGUCCGACCCGGUGGGGGCAGCCGGAGAGCCAAACCGGCCCCCAGGCGUAAGGGCCCAGCUGCCGCCGGACAGAUGGCGCCGAGGACUGAGGCCUGGACUGAGGAGCGAGGAGAUAAGGCUGCCAGCCGCGGUGGGGGCACCCGGGGCGGACGGGUUUGCUGGGUGCCUCUGGCCAAGAACGAGAAGGGCAAUGACGUGAGGACGCGCUCUCGGGUUCCACAAGCCUUAGCGGGCACCAAGCACUGCCAGCGGGAGGCGGCUGGCCCGGUCUCUCCGGCCAGCCUCCAGGACGGGAGCGCGCUGACCUCUCCGGAGGAGAGCCGGGGAGCCUGGGCAGGCACGAGGGGGUCCCCGCCCCCGCCCCCUCCCCCCCGCAGCGGGGAACCAGCCCAGCCCAAGCGCGGGGUGGGGGGGUUGGGAGCGGGAGCCCGGGCGUCACCCCGAGAUAAUGAGGGCGUGGCGAGCGCCAUGGCACCUCGUUCCGCGGAGGCCAGGGCCUACGCCGAGGCCCCGCUUCCCCGGCGCGCGCGGCGGAGGGGCGGCCCCCGGGGGCUGGGGGGACGGGACUCGCCGCCGCGGAGCCUGACCAAGUGUGGCGGCCGCGCGGGGCCUGGGGCGUUGGCGCGGGGCCGCCCGCCUUCCGCUGCUCCCUGCGAUUCGGCCCCGUGCUGCCCCCCCCCCCCCGACCCCGAGGAGCCCCCGGGCCGCCAGCCAGAGCUCCGGACGGUCUACCUGUCUCCAGCUUGA